UAAACAGCUUGCGUGACAGGUGAACCGUUCAGUUGGUUUAAUAUAUAUGUAUGUGUAGGAACAUCUGAUUUAUAUUUAUAUCAUAGGCAGAGGACUUCGAGUGAACAACUCUGAUAUUACAAACUCUAAUUUUUGAAUUACGAAAACUGUUUCAAUCUGUUGGAUUUUAAAACAAAAUUUGUCAGUGAACUAUCCACAAGAAGCAUGGAUUCUUACAUGUGAUGGGGAUUCAAAGUGGCCGCUUUGCUAGGAACGUUUGAUAUCGAGAACGAUUGCUGGAAUUAAUCACUGCAGACAAUUCACGACCUGUGAUUUUAGCAAUACUGUCUUGCAGUCUUGAGAUUAUUGAAAUUGUUGAAGAAGAAUUAAUUGACAAAAAAUAAUUGUGUAGUGGACAUCCAUAUGGUUGAUGACUUUGAUCUGUUAUCGAUCCAAUAUUUAAAACCGUCACCACAUUUUGAAGUCUCGUCAUAAAUUGAUCAGGGAAAACUUAGCGGCCACCAUGGCUUGUCCCUUCCAAGGUCUCGAUUAUGGUCUAACUGCUGCGUGUGUAGAGGACGAUAAAACGUGGAUGUUUUUGGGUGGUAGAUGCCAAAAUGUCAGGUGUUAGCUUUUGGAUGUCAAAACGACAAAAAAGGAGAUAACAACAAGUGUCUUUGGAAGUGGGAAGUACAAAGAGUAUCGUGCAAAAUGGUGGAUAUGAACCAAAAAGUUGGGCCAUUGCCCAUGUGGGCGAUCAUUGUGAUUGGCAUUGUGGCAUUGCUUCUCAUCAUAUGCUGUUGCGUGUGUAUAUGUAAGAAAUGCUGUAAGAGGAAGAAGGGAGACAAGGGCAAAAAGAAAGGCCUUAAAGGUGCGGUUGAUCUCAAGAGUGUACAGCUCCUUGGAAAUUCAUAUAAAGAAAAGGUACAGCCUGACCUUGAGGAGCUAGAGGUCAACAUGGAGGACAACGAGGAUGCGGAGAGCACAAAAUCAGAAGUGAAACUUGGGAAAUUACAAUUCUCCAUGGACUAUGACUUCCAGAAAGGCGAGUUGGCGGUCGGAGUAAUUCAGGCCUCGGAUCUGCCCGGUAUGGACAUGUCAGGAACGUCAGAUCCGUACGUCAAGGUCUACAUAAUGCCCGAGAAGAAAAAGAAAUUCGAAACUAAGGUCCACAGAAAGACGCUGAAUCCAGUCUUCAAUGAGACAUUUGUCUUCAAGGUCCCCUAUGCUGACAUGGCUUCUAAGACCCUCGUAUUUGCCGUGUACGACUUUGAUCGCUUCUCCAAACACGACCAGAUUGGUCUUGUCAAGGUGCCACUGAAUUCUGUGGAUCUGGGACGUGUGAUUGAAGAGUGGCGCGAUCUGACUAGUCCUGAAUCAGAAAACGAGAAGGAGAACAAACUUGGCGACAUCUGCUUCUCGCUGCGAUAUGUCCCGACGGCCGGCAAACUGACUGUUGUAAUCCUGGAGGCCAAGAAUCUCAAGAAGAUGGACGUCGGCGGUCUAUCAGAUCCUUAUGUUAAGCUUUCUCUGAUGCUAAACGGCAAACGCAUCAAGAAGAAGAAGACAACGAUUAAGAAGUGCACUCUCAAUCCAUACUAUAACGAGUCGUUCACGUUCGAGGUUCCCUUCGAACAGAUUCAGAAAGUAACAAUGAUCAUCACCGUCGUGGAUUAUGAUCGCAUCGGCACGUCAGAGCCAAUCGGCCGCAUUGUACUCGGCUGCAACUCCUCCGGGACGGAACUGCGUCACUGGAGCGACAUGUUGGCUAAUCCAAGGCGUCCAAUCGCGCAGUGGCACACUCUACAGGAGAUGCCCGAAAAGUGAAGAGGCCACUCUACUUAAAAUGAAUUAUAAACUAACUAUGUUUAAUUAAAACUUGGACAUAUAAACAAGGCAAGAUAUCCUUAUCAAGUGUCUAAGAAAUAUGUCUUGAACAAUUUUGUCUUGUAACUAUUAAGUUGUGACGUCAAACUCUAUAUGCUAAAAUAUACACCUGAUCUUUGACAGGUCCAUGUGUGAACAAAAAAACGUGUGUGGGCUGUGACAGUUGUGGUGUGGACGCAAUAUGAGAUUAAUGUGAACUGAAUUAUCAAAUCAAAUUAUGUAGUAGAUGAUCAAUUAAGGAUAUUUAAUUACUAUAUCAUGAUUAAGUCAUUCUUAGCCAUAAUCUUCAUAUGAAUGGGAUUCCAGGUUGACAAGACCCAAGAGUAGAUAGACUUUGUUUUUGAGUGAACUACAAGUUUUAUUCUAGAGUAAUUGUGAAUGCUUCAUUUUAGAGUGACUACAUUGAUUUAUUCUAGUAUAAAGGUUUUAAUGCUGCAUUUCAAAGUGUGGUACUGGUUUUAUUCAGAAUAAAGGUCAGUGUGAAGUUUCAAGUUUCACUCUAGAGUAAAGGUUGUAUCAUUGUAAAUGCUUCACUUUAGAGAGAUAGAGUGAAGUAUAAUCCUAGAAUAAGGAUUUGUUUGCAGAGUUAAGUAUGGCUUCUAUUCUGAAUAAGGAUUUUUCAUUUUCGAGUGAAGAUAGACUUUUUCUAGCUUACUGUUAGCAGAUGCUGUUAGCUUGUAAAUGCUUCAUUUUAGAGUGAAGUCAUUGGUCUAGAGUGAAGUACUGUAACAGGUUUGCCUUUAAAUGAAGAUUACAGCAACUUUCAGACUGGGCCUCGUUUGGAGGUCAGAAAUGCUUUUGAAUGAAUAGAAGUCAUUCUGAGUAAAGUGGAGUGUGGUCCAAGAAUUGGAAGUUAUGAGUGGAGAUUAGUAUCACGUACUAGUAUUGGGCAGAAUCAUUAUCAAAUGUUAUGGAAUCUUGAAUGUGAGGGAUGGCACUUGUGGGAAUAAAUUCUACCUAUGUGCCAGUUGAGCGCGAUUCCGUGGACAGUUAGUAUGCCAUGUGAUGCUGCCUCUUUAAUCGCAAGAGGUGCAAAGUGAGGUCACAAAAACAAUUGCAUUAUAGAGCACACUGCCUGAGUUUAACUUUGCAUUGUCUUCAAAAUACUUAUGAUUCGCCAUAUAUUCAUUGAAAGAAAAGGAAUUUUAAGUGAGCGAAUAUAAAAAUUGUCAGCGAGUGAUAAUCAUUGGUUUGAUCUGUAAAUAUGACAACAGAUCGGGGUAAGGCCGUAUCGAUUGUUGCUUUCUCAGCAGCUUGAUCAGGAUGGCUUGUGUGUGAAACCAGUAGGGGGUGUAACUACCAAAUAUCAUUUUACCAUCACUUUACUCUCUGUGUUGACCUUUUAAUGUUACACCUUGUACAUGAUGUAUAUCUUCAUGAUAUGGCCGCUAUGGGGGCCAUCUCGAAUUUCAUAUCAGUGUCCAGUGCAAUUGGUGUCCACUAUAUCUUCAUAGUACACUGCAGGUGUGUUUCACCGGUUUUGGCAUAAACGACAGCAACAAAAAAACACUUGUGAUUUGUAAAGUGAUGUAAAUUCGUUGAUCAUCUUCAAUUCAAAUUUGAGAUAAGAAAAAAAAUUUCAUUUCAACAAGUCUCAGUUAUCUCUGUCCAGACCCGCUUGAUAUCUUUAUUGGAAGCUAUAACAAUGUCCAACAUCGCAAGUAGUUUGACGAUGUUAUGUUGCUGCAGAUCACAGUGCCACCUAUUGGCAACUCUCUUGACAUUUCAUCAACGAACAAGUUAUUCGAACAUCAGAACCUUAAAUUCUGUGUCUCUGUACUUAAUGCUGGGGUCACUGAAGUACCAGUGCCAUUUUCUGAACUGUUCUAUAGUUAGCAAAGGGUGCAUGACUGUUUGGGGAAUGGAUUUUGAAAUGCUAUUAAUCGAUCUUUCUGAUCCGUGUUGUUGUACUAGGACAAACAAACUGUCAAAACUGUGGCCAAAUCACGCUUUACUUCCUCAUGAGCAGGCUAGGCGUAGUAAUGUUUGGUAGAAAUUUUCAUGUCUAUGUGAUAGUAUACUUUCGUCGCUGUGGGCGCUACCAAGGUGUUCCCAGUGUACGGAGCUCUGUUUAUUUCAGUGGAGUUAUUGUUAGCACGCACCAUUGCCAAAAUUUAAUGCUGGACCUUGAGCACUAGUUGCCUUUUGGUAUCAUUCUUAAAUGUGCAAUAUUCAAAGUGUAAAUUUCAUUGUUUUUGGAUCUAGUACUGAUGGUUAAUAGUACAUGUAUGUCUGAAUUCUGUGAGGGGACAGGGAUUGUUGGAAUCUUGAUUUGAACCAUGGUAGUAAAGGUCAUGCUCCCUUCAUCUUCUUCAUGUAUCCAUUCUUCUGUUUAGCACAGACCCUGCCCGACUUCAGAAACAGGCAUUUUCCAGGAGGAAGAUGUUUUCCGGGAAGCAUUUAUACAUUUUCGAGAAAGCGUGUGUUUUCCAUUCUGGAAGCAGACGUUUUCCAAUUUGGAAACGGAUGUUUUCAGAUUAGCAGAUGUUUUCCGGGAAUCAGACGUUUUUCGCUCUGGAAGCAGAUGUAUAUGCCAUUCCAGUUGUGUCGGGAAACCUGCCUUUCCAUGUUUUAGUAUCAGCUGUCCCCUUUCAUUGGAUCACAAGGUGCAUGUAUGAUAUGUAAAGUAAAUAACCACUGUGUUGUUGUGAUUAUGACUUCAUGUAUAUAGAAAUUUAUUUUUGAGGCAUUGUCUUGAGUUCUAGUCCCAAAGUGCACGCUGGUAGCCCGACCUUUUUGUGAUAUAUGUAAAUGUUCGUUGGGCUCCCAGGAUGCAUUGCGUUGGUGAAUUUUAUUAUAUUACACAGCUUAAGUUGUAAGUGUUUGCUUGGUUUGGCUAGUGACACAACAGGACCUCAUUUCAUUGUCGAUUUCUCAAUUCUACACCCCUUUUUACCAAAAUCAACUGCAACCUUGCCAUUAAGUGGAUCAGUCCAUUGUAAAUCCAGGGGAUUAGGAUUGAGAAUGCAGAAGUUUUUAUUUGUUCAAAUUAUUCGAUGAUUUUCAAAACAUUUUUAAUUUUUUUAUUUGAUUAUGCAAUAUUUUUAUCAAAAUUUUAACAUGACUGAACGCCAAUAACAAAAAACACCUAUUUGAAUGUCUCAGUUCAUAUUUCAAUGUUAAUUGAAACUUAAAAACUCCGACAUUUUUAUAACUGUAUAAAUGUACCUUUCCACUGAAUGAGUUGAAAUUCACAAUAUGUUUUUGGUAUGAAAUUUCAUAAUGCUUCAUAUCUUUAACACAAUCAAGUAUACUUAGAUCAUUAUCUCUCCUUCUAAACUUUAUAUCUAAUGUAAUGGGCUGACAGCAGAUAGGCCUAGAAGUUACAUGUAGGUUCAGCAUUAAAAUGGUCCAAAGCUGAAGAACCGUUUUAGCCAAUUCAUUACCUUAGUAUAAAGCUACAACUGCUUAUUAAUCAUUGCUCGCAAUCAGCUGCACUAUGACUUUCUGCCUUCAGUUUAUAUAGAUUUCAAAGUUGGUUCUUAUUGAUGUCAUUAAUUGAAGUCAUUGCGUGUGUAUCUAAUUGUACAUAUUGUAAAACGUGCAUGAAAAUUAAUGUAUAAGACUGUAAUAGUUCAACGUGAUUAUGUGAUAACAUUUUUAACCCUUCUGCUCCGGCAUGCGAGAGGCUUUUUGACUCUGAACACAGUGGGUCUUGCACCCUAUCUAGACAACAGACUGGAGCAGGAGACCAAUGUGGUAAUUGGUGCAGUUUGAGUUGAAAUGGUACCGAUGUAGAAAUUGGUGCAGUUUGACUUGGAGCCAAUGUAGAAUGAUGCAGUGACUUUCGUAAAUGAGGCAUAUGAGUUCCGACUCUUUUGUUCUCCAGUGUGUCAAUGUGGCCUUGGUCAUUUAGUCUGAUGUACCCAUAUACACUAAAGUCAAAACUAGGCCCAGUUUGAACUGUCUGUUGAAAAGCUCGAUCAAAAUCACUUCCUUUCAAGGUUUAAAAAUAAUCAUAAAUUAACCUUGGGAAUUGGUCUUAGUUAGUGCAGGAUUAGGAUGCAAGGCCUUGUAAUAACCAUAUCAACUAUGUAUGUGUCUGCAUGUCACACAAGCAAUAGAUUUUUGUAUCAUAACCAAUUUAUAUAAUUCAAUAUUAAGCUGUGAUAAGUGAUAGGGUAGAGACAUGUCCAUGCCUCCCAACCUAAAUAUGAAAAAUUAAAAAAAAAGUUUUUAUCAAAGUUCCAAAAUAUUAAAGUUACAGUGAGUAUUGGUAUGUCCAGCUGAGAAUUUCUAGAUGCAGGGUGGGGGCAUGUGCGAUGAAAGAAAUGGACAUGGAUCAUGUCUGCCUCUGUGAUGACAAAAAUGCAAGUUUUCGUGUGAAGAAUAUAGAAAAAGUAUGAAGACAAAAUUUGUUCUUAAUAUAUCAUUGGUUGUUUUGUUUCAAUGCAAAAUCUGAUCAACAAUUUUGGUAACUUGAAAUGACGUGCUUUUGUCAUCUGAUUAUGAUACACGCCUCAAAAUUGGCCUGAAAAUAUUCCAACUUGUUGUUGAGGCAGACUGUUUCAUACGCACAAGUCAAUUACGACUUUGAAAUGUGGUCCUUAGUUGGUCAUUGCGCCAUCCAUUGGAGUUGUAUGAAUAUAGCAGGGAUAUAUUGUAUCUCCAUAUUUAUUACAUCAUUUUUCUUGACCAUUCCAUGAUAAGUUCCAAUAUCACCACCAGGGGUCUCGCCUGUUUUAAUCAAGCAAACCCACCGUUCGCUAUUCUCAUUAUUUGGCUUCGCUUUGCAAAAUUAUCAAAAUACUGCGAGGGUAAGCUGGUUCUGUCUGAGGUGGAAGGGAUUUUCACUAAUCUUUCUCUGAAAUGUGACCUUGGAAAUUCAUCAUUUUCAGGGUCUUUAAUAUCGAUCAAAUUCUUUGAUUUGUUUUUAAACGAACAAUCAAAAACAAAAAAUUUGCUGCUCUUGGCCUAUUCUUACACUUAGAGUGAAUGUAUAUUUACAUAAAAUUCAAAAUCACUCAAAAGGUUCUGUUCUCUUAAACAUAUGUCCCCUGGUGGUAAUGUUGUGAACAAAAGAACAACUUGCCUCUGACUUGAUCAGUGUUUGAAGGUCACAAUAAUUGCUCUCAUCAAUGACGAUUUACCUGAUUCCCACACAAAAACUACUAAAUUAGCUUGUACGUGAUCCAUACACGAAAAUGUACAUUGUAUGGUGGAGAUUGAUGUUGGUCAGAUAUCAAGGUCAACAGUCAAGGUCAACAAUAGUGAGUGAAAUCAGCAGACGUCAUUGAUGGAUUGUGAUGGACUGUUGAUAGGCAUGUUUGUGUUCGAGCAACGCAUUGAAUACAUUUGUAUCAUGUGUAUUUAUUGCCUUGUGUAGGACAGUAUCAUCUUGGUGUUAAUAAAUUGUUGUCUAUACCAAA